GAAGUGUUCCACAAUGACAUCUGCCGCUAAUUCUUCCAUGACGGUUGUAUGCAACGACAUCCUGAAUAUCGUCUUUGACUACGCUCUCAACAAAUUCGAUGACACAAAGGAUCGACAUAAUGCGGGCAAGCCCAAGUUCUUGUCAGUCAUCGAGAAAUUUGUCAGCAGUGGAGCACCGGUGGAAAUGUGCCUUCCGGCAUUUCCCUUCAAGUCUUCAAACAAGGUCCAUAAAGUUUUCGGCAUUCUACCAGACAAAGCUGAAGAGAUUGCUCUUGAUCGACUGAACACGAUGUGUUUGCGCAUUGGAGAAGUGUAUCAGCCCGGAGCUAAGUGCACAAUCAUUUCAGAUGGUCUCGUUUAUAAUGAUCUACUAUGUGUAUCGGAUCGCGAUACAUGGGCAUACGGAGAAGCUUUACGUACAAUGUCUAUUAAUAAGGGUUUUAAUAACAUUGGCUUCUCCAGAAUUCAAGACUUUGUCAAUUUUCCGUUGCCAGAAAAGCUAGACGAGAUCACUUACGUGGCAAACGCCACCAACUUUCGUCUAUCCAUGAUAAAUAGAUGGGGCAAAGCAAACAUCAAUAUCGAAGAUGAGAUCGCCAACAACCCUGAUACAAAGUUGACUUAUCUGGGGUAUCGAAGAUUUCUUGAGUCGGAUUUACGAUAUAUUUUCCCCCUUGGCAAUAGUCGAAGCAAUACCAGUUACAAGAAAAAUGUGAGAUACCUCGCUAAACAGAUGCUAAUUCGAGGAUAUGCCUUUGCUGGUGCGGUAAAAUAUGCUUUUCCAAACCAUUUACGCCUUUCUAUUCAUCAGUCGACGGGUGAUCACAAGAUAUCCAUGAGUCUACUUAAUACCAAGACUGGCUUUACUACCCCAUGGCAUUGUAGUGUUGCUUUGAUGGCGGACGGGGAAUGGGUAAGCGCUCCAAUGGGGGAUUUUAAGGAAGAUGAUAACUUGGAAGUUAUCUACGAAGAUGGUCGUCCUAGCUACUUCAAGCAGAACAAGCACGUGCUCGAGAACCGAAUGGAGGAUAAGAUUUCAGCAACUAACCUUCAAACAUCGAACACUUUUGAGGAUCGCUCUACCAGAUUCAUUGCCGACAAUAACACUGCUUUGGAGAAAUGCCAGCAGCAACCCUCUGUAGUGGUAUCUAUAUUAGCCAUUUGAUAUAUGGUUCAAAGACAAUACAAAGAUAUUCUGGGACUCCA